AACAAUUAACAAUAAACAUAACUUGUUAUGAAAAGUAAGUUAUGUGCAUGUAAUAUAGCUAACAGUUUACCUGAUUUUUCAAGCUAACUUAUAUUUACCUUAAAUUUUAAUUUAUUUAAUUAUCUUUUUUUUUUCAGGAAAUGAUGAAGUGGAGUAUUGUUUUGGGGGUUUUCUUCCUAUGUUUUCUUGCUAAUAAUCUCAGCGGUGCCAGAUUCAUUCCUGAAGGGGUGCCCUAUGAACGGCCCCCGGCUGUGCCCUACUGGUCUUAUUCCACCUCAGAUUUCUGGAAUUAUGUGGAAUACUUCCGCAACAUUGGGGCCUACGACCAGAUCAAUGAAAUGGCCAGAACUUUCUUCGCCCAUCAGCAUCUAGGAGACACGCUGGGUUAUGAAGUGGCAGAGCAACAUGAACACUAAGUGGAUGUUAUUAGUUCAUCACUGAUCGUUUAGUCUUUGUUAUUAGAAAAUAAUGAUAAUUUACUAAAUAUAAGUAAACACCAUUUAUAGCCCUAUAAUAAAGAGUGUUGUGCCGUAUCCAUAAAUGUAUUACUACUAAUAAAAAAGCAUAUAGGAAUUACAGUUAAUGUUUCAUUGUAGUGUGAUUAACAGCUUCAGAGUGCAUGAUUGUGAUGUAUUGUAAAUGUAGGACAUUUAA